AUGGUGGUGGCUGUGCUAGAUUGCGCCUCUGCUAUCGCUUCCAGCAGCAUCAAUGAUCGUGGUCUUGUUUACGGAUCGCCCUAUUCGGUGGGCAUGGCCGCUGGUCCACUCAACCAGAUGGUCCACAAUUUGACUGCAUACACGCGGGCUGCCAACUACAGCGACUUCUCAUAUGAUGAGGUCCACCCAAUCGAGCCAGGAUCUGUCAAUCUCGUGGCUCGUCAGGGCGUGAUAGUCAGUCACUUUGCUGUCGGCAAAAGAAACCUUUAUGCGGACGUCAACGGAAAUAAACUGCCCUCUUGCCUACAAGAGAGCGCAACAAUCGACACUGUUUACGACAUGGCUAGCCUAACUAAGCUCUUUACCACAGUCGCAACGCUGCGGGAGUUGGAUAAUGGAAAGCUCAGUCUAAAUGCUACCGUUGCCUCUUACCUACCGGAAUUUGCAGUGAAUGGGAAAGGGAACAUCACAAUUCUCGAGCUUCUUACACACACAAGUGGAUUCAACUCUGACCCAUCACCACCGCUUUUCUCAUCCAAAUAUACCUCAUAUCAGGCAGAGAUUAACGCAAUCCUUACCCAGGAAAUCAUCAACACUCCCGGUAGCACUUAUCUUUACCCAGACCUGAGUUUCAUGUCAAUGAUGAUUGUUUUAGAGUCCAUAACAGGCCGGAGUCUUGAUCACCUCAUUUAUGACUUCACCAAACAAUUGGGAAUGACUUCAACUUUUUUCAAUCGCGGGAACAUCGAAGGUCUCACUGAUAAGACUCCUAUGUACAACCGAACAGCAACCCAAGAAUUUCAGAUAGCCGUUCUAGGUCCCUUAGAGCCACAACGUUCGCAACGGGUUCGUGGAACGGUUCAUGAUGAGAACUCAUGGGCUUUGGACGGUGUAUCCGGUCAUGCAGGAUUGUUCUCAACUGUGCAUGAUACAGCAGCCCUGUGUCAGAUGAUUCUUAACAAUGAAACGUAUUUGGGUAAUCGAAUUCUGUCCGAAGAAGCUGUGAACCUGAUAUUCACUAAUUUCAAUGCCCGAUUUCCGGCUGAUGCACAUAGUCUUGGUUUUGAGCUAGACCAAUACUAUAUAGCCGGGCCACUGGCCAGCAUGUUGACUGCGAGCCACACUGGAUUUACAGGAACAACAUCAGUGAUUGAUCGCUAUUAUGAUACAUUUUGGUUGCAUUUUAGCAACCGUGCUCAUCCAUCACGAGAGUGGUCAAGCAGUAACAUUGUACGUGAAGCAAUGGGGUAUUGGAUUGGUAAGAGUCUUGGAGCGAGUGUCACAUUUCCCCCACUAUGA